ACAUGGCUGUUGUUUACAGCUGCCAUGGCACUAAUUUCCAUCUUUAUAUUAACCCUAAGUAGUCACCUAGCAGCACCACAGUUGUCUGAGGAAGCCCUUACAAGUCUUGGGUGCUUUCACUUACCUCAAGACAAUGCAAACAAUCACACUCUGAAGUAUACUGUAGAUGGUACAGUGACUGGUGCUAGAUCUUGUGUAAUAGCCUGUCACCAAAAUCAGUAUCGUUAUGCUGGUGUUGUGGCAGGGAAUAAGUGCAUGUGUGGACUCACAUUCAGAGGUGAAGCUUCUGAUGAUUGCUCUGAAUGCAUCAAUGACUCACAAAACAUGUGUGGUGGGAGUAAGGCAGUUUCAGUCUAUGAAACAGGAGGCAGUGUUCCAGGAGCUCCAACUAAUCUAAAAGUACUCAACUCAAGUUCAGCAGGUUUGUAUAUAUCUUGGGAUGCUCCUCUCAGUGAUGGUAGUUCUGAAAUCCUUCAAUAUGAAGUUACUGCAUCUCCUUUGGAAACAUUGAGUGGUUUAGAGCCUCCUAUUGUGCGCACUUGGGAGUUGGGGACGGAUAUCACCAGCGCAUGGCUGUAUGGUAUUCAGUCAGCCACACAUUACGCAAUAGAAGUACGGGCUGCUAAUACUGCAGGGCUCAGCAUGCCUGCCACGACUGAAGGUUGGACCAGCAUUGCACCCCCACCAAUACCAACUCAGCCUGAAAUGCUAAGCAGAACACCUGAGACCAUCAACGUAAAGUUGCACACUGUGAGCCCUACUGGCGGGCCAAUCACUGCUUACCAGGUGGUGGUUGUUGAUGAAACUGUUGGAGCGAUCAUGAAUCCUUCAGCCCUGACAAAUUACCAAAAUGCAUCGGAGCAACAGCUGCCAUAUUAUAUAGCUGCCCAGUUUAGUGCUGAUGAGUUUCCUACAGUUUUUACUGUGGGAGAUAAGAAAACUUAUGGCAAUUAUUAUAAUGCUCCACUCAAAACAAAUGUGGACUACCACAUUCUUCUUGGUGUGAUCAGCACAAUGAACAAAACUUUAAAAUCAUAUUCUGCUUCUGAUCAUGGCCAACAUUCAGGCUCUGAAUUUGGAGGUGAGACUGGAAACCCAUUUGCAACACACCCAGAGUCAGCUCAUUCAGUUGUUCAUGGUAGAGACAUGCAUCACGAGCAGCCUGGCCAGGUCCAUGCCGUGCGGCACAAUGGUGGUCUUGUUCUUGGACUGUCAAUCAGUGUUGCAGUGCUGGGCUGCCUUGUGCUCAUUGCUGUUGUGAUCUACAUUGCUCUUCGUGUCUACCUUCGUUCUCCCAGAAGACCUGAUAAUCAGGAGCUCACUGCUAACUGUCAUGACAAUGGAGAGCUGCCCUCUGAUGGACUCUCACACUUCCUCAAUGAAGAGGACCUGCCAGAUCACUACAGCCGCCUCAAGCAGCGUGUUGCUGUCAUGCGUCCUGCCGACCUCACCAUAGUUGGGGAUGUUGGGCAGGGCACAUUUGGUGCCAUCAAGAAGCUCAUGUUGGACUGCUGGCAGCUGGAUCCCAGUCAACGGCCCCAACUGCCGGAACUAGAAGGCUCAUUAAACCAGCUGUCAGGAGAGGGUAGCCAUCUGCUAUUUGCCACGUACCCUGGUUUCCAGUACCAUCUUUAUGCUCCUCACCUUGAGUUCCUAGACUAA